AUGGCGCUUUUGAUGAGACGAGAUCUUCUCUUGCCUCGCUGUUUUUACCUGGCGGUCCAUAGGCCAAGAAGGUCACUCUGGACAAGCCUCUGGAAGCCGAAGCCCGUCCCAAAGUUGCCCGAGGAACCAAGAUCACUCCCUAGCAGUGGCUUCCAGAUGGUUGAUGCUGAUCAGCUGGUAGAAGAAGAGGAGCUGCCAGGCUACAAGGCCGAUCGGUUCUAUCCUGUCCAUCUGGGAGACAUCUUUGAAGAGCGUUAUCAAGUGCUGGGAAAGCUCGGGUUUGGCUCUUCCUCAACCGUUUGGCUGGCUCGAGAUCUCAAAGACCAUCAGUAUGUCACACUGAAAGUGUAUGUACACACCUCUGCUGUUUACCGCGAGAUAACCGUCUACGGCAAUAUCUCGCCGCAUAUAAAGGCAGUCAAAUCUCAUCGUGAACGCCUCAAUAUCCGGCAGUUACUCGACCCAUUCACGCAUCUCAUUCUUGUCCAUCAGGCCGCCCAGAUGAGCCUGCGUGACAUGAAAACGGUCUUCUUUCCCAAAGGCUUUGCCGAAGAGUUCGUCAGAGGUGCGAUCAUUGAGCUUCUCCAGGCCUUGGAUUUCUUGCAUCGCCAUGCAGAGGUUGUACAUGCCGCUCACGUAGCUGGAGACGUACACUCCGGGAACAUGCUUUUAGGACUUUGGGAUAACACCUUGCUUAAAAACCUCGAAGAUGCAGAGCUAAGGGCUCCCGUGGCCUCCAAAAGAGGGCCCCAUCCUGGUGAUAUCAUGCCACUAGAGUACCGUGCUCCCGAAACACUACUAUACGUGACAUGGAGCUAUCCGGUCGACAUAUGGAGUGUCGGUCUCACGGCAUGGGAUCUCCUGGGUCUAAAAAGACCUUUUACAGCCAGAGAAGAGGACGGUGGCGUGUGGAUGGUUGGCCUCGCAGAGAUUCCAGAGGGCUGGACCCUAGAGUCAUUGCUCGAGCGUCGUCUCGAAGACAGGGAAGGAUUUAUGCGGUUUAUUCGCAAAGCUCUGACUUGGAUGCCGGAGCAGAGAGCCACCACUAGGGAGCUUCUUCGGGAUCCGUGGCUGCUGGGUAGUAGUUGGAACAUGAUAAUAGUUAGUUCAUAG